AUGCUGUGUCUGCGGAAGAAUUUUUUGGAACCUUCCUCUUUUCUGCUUCGCCUUCUCGCUACUGCGACGCCCUUCAGCGGCAACGUUCAAAAAGGAAAGAGCAUGAGUGAAUCCUUACUCCCAGACAACAUGAUGGACGCCAUGAACGCUACCGUGAUGUUUCCUCCAGGCACGGUUGAGACACGUCCGACGCAGCUGUGGGAGGUGAUAGUCGUAAUCUCAUGUCCCGUUCUUUUUGUGUUGUUUUUAUGCUGCUGCAUCGUAUGUAUGAUCGUGAAGAAUCAUGAUCGACAACCAUCUGUGGAGCCGCUGCGUCGACGAAAUCUUGGACGAAUUAUGCGACAAUUACCACCGCCACCGAAAUAUGACGUCGCAAUUGCCUCCAGUCAGUCGCCACCACCUCUGUAUUCGGACAUCGAAAAGGGCGUGAUUUUCGACCCAUUACGAUCAUUAUCAAGCACCGCCCCUUCGUCACCGACGAGUCCUGAGGCACCACCGAUGGCUAUACAGUACCUCUACCCACCCAGAUAUGAAUCUGCAGCUGUACAUGGUCCCGCUUGUCACGAUGAUGACUUUGGCCGAUCGCCCACCGCCGUUCAUUCCGUGAUGACUACGGAUGCCCGCGGUCGUUCCGCGAUUACACACCGUCCUUCAGUCACUGUUAUCGUUAUGAAUGGGGCAUUGUGA